CUCCUCCUCCUCCUGCCGCCUUCUGAGCGCAGGGUCCGGCCCCUGUAGCUGCUCGGAGCUCUCGGCUGAGGCGCGGAGCCGGGGCCGCUAGCGACCGGGUGAGCGGGCGAGCGGGACCGGCAGCGGCUGGAGAGCCGGCAGCAGCCCCGCAAGGAGCCCCGAGCGACGCGACCGACGCUCCUGCAAACUUGGGCGCGCACUCGCGCCACGGCGCCCGCGGCCCGAGCGAUGAAGAUGGUCGCGCCCUGGACGCGGUUCUACUCCAACAGCUGCUGCCUGUGCUGCCAUGUCCGCACCGGCACCAUCCUGCUCGGCGUCUGGUACCUGAUCAUCAACGCUGUGGUGCUGCUGAUUCUGUUGAGCGCCCUGGCUGACCCAGACCAGUACCACUUUUCAAGUUCUGAGCUAGGAGGCGACUUCGAGUUCAUGGAUGAUGCCAACAUGUGCAUUGCGAUUGCAAUUUCUCUUCUCAUGAUCCUGAUAUGUGCCAUGGCCACUUACGGAGCGUACAAGCAACGCGCUGCCUGGAUCAUCCCGUUCUUCUGUUACCAGAUCUUUGAUUUCGCCCUCAACACCUUGGUUGCUGUCACUGUGCUUGUUUAUCCAAACUCCAUUCAGGAGUACAUACGACAGCUGCCUCCUAAUUUUCCCUACAGAGAAGAUAUUAUGUCUGUGAAUCCUACGUGUUUGGUCCUUAUUAUUCUUCUGUUUAUCAGCAUUAUUUUGACUUUCAAGGGUUACUUGAUUAGCUGUGUGUGGAACUGCUACCGAUACAUCAAUGGCAGGAACUCCUCUGAUGUCCUGGUUUACGUUACCAGCAAUGACACUACGGUGCUGUUACCCCCGUACGAUGAUGCCGCUGUGAACGGCACUGCCAAGGAGCCGCCGCCCCCUUACGUGUCUGCCUGAGCCUGCGAGUGGGGUGGAACUGAGAACAGCAGCUUGAUUGCCAGACGUCAGAGCAAUAGUCUUUCUUUUCACUUCUGGGAUGAGCUCUUGGAGCUUGUUUGUUGAUGAAAUCCUCCAGUUUUCAAAUGUAGAUGUUAAGUUGAAACCCUCUUUAGUUUUAAGCAUACGCUUGAGCACGGUGAUAGACUCUGUAGAAUUCCCUGUGUGUGGGGGUGGGGCGCAGUGGGCUUCCCUUGUCUUCCCUGGGGUCCCCUAGGCAUUGUAACUUCCCAGCCAUUUGGAGGAGCCUGGCAUCAGAGAAGUCUGGUUUUGUCCCUGCUGGGCCUCAGUCAGGGAGUUAAUCACACUUUGUCUCUCUGUUCCUUCUUGCCUCUUUUGAAAGUAUAAAAUAAAAUCAAAAUUAGACACUGCUUUUCUUAAGCCAUUCCAGUGUUUGAACAAACCCUUCAAACCGUACAGAACAGGAAUGUCAGUUGUGUGGUCAUUGCUCUAAUGAGGGAAACAGGAGUCCAUAUCUAUAUAAAUAAAACAAGAAUUUCCUUAAGAUUCCUUAUGACUUAAAUUCAAUGACAGUUUGUAUUUGCUCUUCAAGGAUUUUGUCCAUGGGCGAAAUUGAGACCCUUCAGCAAUCCCAGGCAGUGACUGUGACCGCUCUCCAACGGCUGCUCUUGGAUGUCCCGUGUCUGGGGUCAUGGAGUGGGGGGGCCUCACGUGUGUUACAGGGAUGGCAAGGAUGCGUUUAGUACCACAUGGUAUCUGGUGCUCCCUUCCUCCCGGUUUCCCAUGCCCACACAGGACGCUUUUCACUAAGGAUUUGCCUAACAGUGUGAGAAAAGGUUUUCUUCUUCUCUGCCUGCAAGGUACAUCCUACUAUGUUGAAAUUCCGAGUAUGCCCAGUCAUCUGUUCAAAAAUAAAAUGGUCUUCAGGAAAACGAGGUGGAGUGCUUUUCUUGUGGAAUGCUCUUAUCUCGACUCCCUGAACUUCAAGGAACUUUUACAUAUUCAUGUGUUCAGAAGUCACAGCUCCCCUGUUUGUGCAUUCUUGAGUGUGCUGUAAAUGGAGGCUUUGCAAUUAAAGUGAGAUUUGCCCACA